UGUUACCUGCGUAACGUGAAUAUCUCUUUACAUUACAAUAAAUUACAUACUGAGUGAAGGUUUUAGUGUUUCUAUAACAAAAUCUAAUAUUUCUGUGUCAGAGCUAUAAAUAUGAAUAACUGGUUGGAGGUUUCCUUUAUAAAUCAACAGAAUCCUGGAAUUUCAGUGGAAAAUAUCUCUAUAGUAUAGGUAUAGGGGAUAAGUUGACUUACUCAAGUUACUGGAUAAGAGAGUGGCUAGAUGGAAGAAAGCAGAGGGAUGUUAUAAAGAAACAGAAUGAUUUCAGUUAAAUUGGAUUAAUGUCACAAGUGGAGUACUUCAGGGCUCAGUAAUAUUGCUGGAAAGAAACCUCGCUUGGUAGCUGUAAGUAAGACAAAGCCUAAAGAAAUGGUUGUUGUUGCAUAUGAAUGGGGUCAAAGACAUUUUGGAGAAAACUAUAUUCAGGAGUUAAGAGAAAAGGCGUUAGAUCCAGAGGUGCUAGAGAAAUGUAAAGACAUCCAAUGGCAUUUCAUAGGUCAUCUUCAGAGGAAUAAGGUUAACAAACUUGUCAGUAAGACUGGUGUAGACCCUGAUCAAGUGUGCUAUCUGGUCGGUCACAUCCUGGGUAACUGUCCAAGCCUAGAUUUUGCUGGUUUAAUGACCAUAGGAUCACUUUACCACGACCUUUCCUUAGGACCUAAUCCAGAUUUUCAACAUCUGAUCAAAUGUGCAAAUGAAACUUGCAUUCAUUUUGGCUUGGAUGUAAACAGUAUUGAACUAAGCAUGGGAAUGUCUGGAGAUUUUGAACAUGCGAUUGAAGUUGGAAGUACAAACGUUCGUAUAGGAAGUACUAUAUUUGGUGCUCGGAAUAACCCAGAGAAACAUUCUGAAAUUCCAGCUUAAAUACAGAGUUCUGUAUUCAAUUGAAUGUAUUUACGAAUAAUGGGACAAAUAUUGGUACAGACGACAAACAUAUAAAGUUUAAUUUACGAAUAACCUGAAAUGAUUACUCAAUAAUAUUAAAACAAUAACGUUUCAGGUAUAUUUUUACUAUACAUGGAGCAUGGCAAUAUUUAUGUAAAAUAAAUACA